CACUUAUAUUUGUGAUAUGGCAACACAGAUCACAUGUUAAAGAAUAAAGAUUUGGAUUAAUGGAUUUCUUUGAAAACUUCCACUCCAGAAGCACCUUUAAGAUAAAGUUCCUGUGUUGGUAAAUGCUCUGAAAGGCUUUACCUAGGUCCCAUUUCAAAACAACCUAGUUUACAAUGUCUCAGAGGAAAUCAACUCCAAGCCAGAGGAUUCCAUCUUCUCAGAGGACUCCAUCUUCUCAAAGGAAUGCAUCUUCUCAGAGAUCUCAGUCACAGCGAGCUAACUCAUCUCAGGCUGUAGAGGAACCAGUUGAUGUUGACAGAUUGGUUGCUGAAGUUAUACAAUAUUUUUUGGUUAUGGAGCAGAAGAAAUUUCCAAUUAAGAGGGCAGAAAUAAUAAAGCUUCUCAAUGGAAUUACCUCAAAGAAUUUCAAAAUUGUUAUUUCCCAUGCACAGAAAUACCUAUUGGAUGUUUUUGGCUUCUACCUUCAUGAAUUUGAUGAAAAAAGUGGACACUAUAUUCUCAUAAAUAAAGUUAUUAUGCCAAAGAACUUGUCUCAUCAGGAUUUGUCUGAAAGCAACACUGUUUUGUUUCUGACAUUAUCAGCAAUUUUCUUAUCAGAGGGACAAAUCAUGGAAGAUGAAAUUUGGAACAUGCUUAGUAUUCUUGGAUACAAAACAGAAGACUACAAGAAGCUUGUUACCAAUGAUUUUGUUCGCCAGUUAUAUAUCAAUAUUGAGGCUGUACCGCAAUCGGAUCCGCCUAAGCUUACCUUAAAAUGGGGCGAACGGGCAGAGGUUGAAUUUUCUAAAAUAGAAAUUCUUAAAUUUGCUGCUCGGGCUUUUGAACGAGUGUCAUUCAAUCUUGCACAACACCAUAUGGACAAGACCCCAAGCCAGUGUCGUGAGAAGAUAAAGAAAUUGAAAACCAUUUACAGAAAUUUGAAUAAUCGUGGCAAGGUUUCAAGAAAGAUCAGAGGCAAAUUGAUCCAUAAACUUCAUCAAGUUAUGGGAGGAAUCUCUGUUCUUCCUGCAACUGAUAAAAGUUCUGAUAUGUCUGCUGCUGUUAAUCAAGAAGAAAUGGAUGGUGCAGAGGUUGAAGGGCAGAGGACAAAUAAUGUUCUGGGUGAUGAAUUUGCUGGGAAUAACUUUGGAAUACCAGUAAAAAUCAUCACAAUGGGCUCAGGAGGAGAUUUCCAAGAUGAUGGUGACAGCAGCGUAAGCUCGGAUCCAGAAUCGAUGUCAAGUUCUGACAUGGAUCAUGCCGAAGUUCCUACACAAACCCAAGUUUCAAAAAAUAGAGUCAGAAGUACAAAACUUUCCCGAAGAAGAAAAAACAAACGAUCCAAAAGGCUUUCGGCGAUCUACGUUCUUAUUGACAAGGUUAUUGCUGCCCAGUCUGCUGCUAAUGAACGAUUCGCAGCUUUGGAAGAGAGGCGGCUUUUGCUGGACAAGGAGUUGGAAGAGAAGCGCAUAGAAGCCGAGGCCCAUCGACAAGAGGCGCAGCGUCAACACGAAAUCAGGUUGUUGAGCAUGAUGACUCAACAGAUGGCCUGUGUUCUCAAGAGCCUAAACCCGCUGACAUUUACCGGUUCCCGCUGUGAGACUGUCGCCACACCCAUUGAAAUGUCCGCGGGUGGCAAUGGUGGUGGCCCAGGUGGCGAUCCGUCUAAACAGGACGGACCACAGGUCAACGGCACGGGACAGGAACAGGUCAACGGCUGCGGCGUCCGUCCGAACGACUACACGACCGUUUACUCGACCAUGUGACGCCUUUUUUAUUUAUUUAUUUUCUUUUAGAAAUUUAUUCUCUAAAAUAAAGCGUCCAAUAUCCUGGUUACCAUCCCUAGAAGUCAACGUAAUUAAACCAUAAAGAUUUAUGCCAUUCUAUUGGGUCACUGUUGUAAGCAUAUUGCUCGUGUUAUUCAUUGGUAAAUAUAACAAAGUAAAUUUUUUA